AUGCUUCAUCUCAUUAGACGCACUAAACAUUUAUUCCCACUGCAGAAGAGGUACUUAUACAGGAGUCCCCUGGCAUAUUAUGGAACGAAUCUGAGUGCGUUAAACGAGUCAGUCCUAGAGGAAGUUAAUCCAUCAUUUACAGAGAUGAUUGAUUACUUUUUUAAGAAAGCCGUUAUUCAAGUCAGACCAAGGCUUUGUGACAUAUUAAGAGAGAAGAAACUAGAAGAAGACGCCAUACCCAACAGAAUUGACGGAAUAUUACAAACAAUGCGGGCGACCGAAAGAAUCCUUCGCAUUUACUUCCCAUUUCGCAGAGAUGACGGGUCGUAUGAAAUGAUGGAGACGUAUACUGUGCACCACAGUCAGCACAGGUUGCCGGUAAAAGGAGGUAUUCGAUUCUCUCUUGGAGUAUCUCCUGAUGAAGUUGAAGCUUUGGCUAUGAUAAUGACAUUCAAGUGUGCAACUGUGCAGGUUCCUUUUGGAGGAGGCAAAGGUGGAAUUAAAAUGAAUCCAAAGUGUUAUACUAAACUUGAAAUUGAAAAGAUUACUAGGCGAUAUGCACUUGAACUGAUGAAGAGAAAGUUUUUAGAACCAGGUGUGUAUGUGCCAGCACCAGAUGUAAAUACUGGUUCCAGAGAAAUGUCAUGGAUAGCAGAUACAUAUAUCAAGUCAUUAGGUUACAGUGAUCUAGCUGCAUUGUCAGUAGCCACUGGAAAGCCUAUAGAUCAAGGUGGUAUAAAUGGCCGCGUGGAAGCAACAGGGCGCGGAGUUUACUUUGCUCUUGACUUUGUCCUAAGGCAAGAAGAGUGGAUGAGGUUCAUUGGGCUUGAACCAGAGUGGCCCUGUAAAAAAGUCAUUAUUCAGGUUGUUUCUGUUUGUGACAAUUUGAAACUGGGCUGUGUUCAAAUGUUUAUACUGGAAGAGCAGUCUCCAGAAAGAACAUGUGCCCAGUUUUGUGCAAGACAAAUUCUUUGA